CUGAUUCGCCGCUCGGGUCAGCCUCACGGCCUGUACGCUGAAUGGCUGCGCCAAUACCUGUAUCGGUCUCCGAUUGGGUGCGUGGCGCCUUCCCGGCGUGAUAGGUCAGGACCACCGCCCCCCUGGCUCCCCAUUGGCUGCUUGGCGAAGCCCGGUCUCCGGGUAAGAUGGCAGCGGACGGACAGUGCUCGCUCCCCGCUUCAUGGCGGCCGGUGACUCUCACCCACGUCGAAUAUCCUGCAGGUGAUCUCUCUGGCCACCUCCUUGCCUACCUGAGCCUCAGCCCUGUUUUUGUCAUUGUCGGCUUUGUGACCCUCAUCAUAUUCAAGCGGGAGCUACACACGAUCUCAUUCCUCGGGGGCCUGGCACUGAACGAAGGGGUCAACUGGCUGAUCAAACACGUCAUCCAGGAACCACGGCCCUGUGGAGGCCCCCACACAGCUGUGGGCACGAAGUACGGGAUGCCCUCCAGCCAUUCCCAGUUUAUGUGGUUCUUCUCCGUCUAUUCCUUCUUAUUCCUGUAUUUAAGAAUGCACCAGACGAACAACGCCAGGUUCCUGGACUUGCUGUGGAGGCACGUGCUGUCCCUGGGGCUCCUCACUGCGGCCUUCCUGGUCUCCUACAGCAGGGUCUACCUGCUGUACCACACCUGGAGCCAGGUGCUCUAUGGGGGCAUUGCUGGAAGCCUCAUGGCCAUCGCCUGGUUCGUCUUCACCCAGGAGGUCCUCACCCCGCUGUUCCCCAGGAUAGCAGCCUGGCCUGUCUCUGAGUUCUUCCUAAUCCGGGACACGAGCCUCAUUCCCAAUGUACUCUGGUUUGAGUACACGGUAACCCGGGCAGAAGCCAGGAACAGACAGCGCAAGCUGGGGACGAAACUGCAGUGACUGGUGGGUAGGGCUGGGUCCAGCCUCCAGAUCUGGCCUGCAUGAUGCCUUGCAGGAUGGACAGAAUGACUGACAGAGGGCUGAAGCAGAGACCUCUACAGACCUGAGUCACCAAGUGGAGCCUUUUUUUUUUUUUUUUUCUUAUUUUAAUUUUAAUGGACAAGGUGGACCAAAGGGCUGAGCCAGCCCCUCAACUAGGACCCUGGAAGGCCUGCUGCCUGGGGGCCAAAUGGCCAGAGACAUUUACUCUGCUGCUGCCAGCCCCCAGCUGGGCAGAAGGUGCCCCUGACGUGGCACCAGGGUGUGGGGAAGGGGAUGAGGGCUUGCAUCUCUAGUCUUGGGCCAGAGAUUCCAGGGGACGUGAAAAGUGCACACUAUUUAUUUUUUGAUUUUUUGUCAAAGGCAGAUGGGAGUUUGGAGAUGGGACCUAGAGAGUCCACGUUGCAGUGGUUGUCCUGAGUACAGAGGGGCCCAGGCCUUUUGCCCCGAGCCAGGGGCAGACUGCCUCUUCCUGGACCUGAGGGGCUGGGGGCCAGGAGAAGGGAGUGUCCCCUGUGCCCUCCCUGCCACCAUUGCCAUUCCAGAACCUCGUCAGUGUUUCGUUUGGGGGCAGGGCCCAGAGCAAGCACGUGUCUGGCGGCUGCUAUCAUUGUGUUCUUCCGUAUCAACCUGACACCACAAGGGCUUUCUCUGGUCUCCUGUUCCCAAGAUGACAAAGGAGCCUGCACGUAUGGGUGACACACCCAAGCUGUUUACAGCUCCGUGUCUGCCACCCAGCACCAGUCAGUCUUCAUCCCUCGAACAAAGGAACCAGGAGCCACGACAAGAGGAGUCUGGCAGCCAGUGCCUGAUCCCCUGCCCUUCUCUAUAUGCUCUGAAGAUGUCCUUGUCCUUCCCACCUCACCCAGCAGGCGGGGAAAUCUGUCCAGGUGUGAGCUCACAGAUCCCCAUAUGCCCAGCUUGGAGGAGGGCUCUUCCUAGGGACCAUCUCUUGAGUCACUCUGCAACACUCAUGGAGGAGAGGCUUCCAGACUCCCAGAAGUUUCCAGAGCUGACCCAGGCCCCUGAGGACCUGUGUUUCCCCCCACCCUUUUCUCAGUGGAGGGUCCUAAUCUGCUGCUGAAGCACAAGUUUUCGGUGCUUUCUUUAUUCAUUUGUUAAAGGCAGUGUCCAAAGCCAUUCCAGAUGCCAGGACCAGGGCUGGUUUCUAGGGAGGUAGGUCAGUCCCCAUGUUUCCCUCCCCUUCCCUUAGUAUUUUUAUUUUUUACUUUUUGCCUGAGACAAGCCAAGUGUAAGGUGGUUUAAGAAAAAUCAACAAAAUUGUUUACUAUUGUUUUAAAAUAAAAUCUUAAACUAUG